CGUUUAAGGCUCAUUUUUACCGAAGACACUGUGCCCCCACCCAUGUCACUGGUGUGGCGGUGGUUUCUUCGUUUGCAUGUGCAAUGGCGAUGUGUCAACGUCAGUGUCAGAACUCCAAAGAGUUAAUAGCUCAUCUGAAGAGCCAUAUUGUGGAAGGACACGUGGUCACUUGUCCAGUAAGAGGAUGCACAAAUACCUUUAGAGUUAAAUCAUCUUUUACUGCUCACAUGUCUCGUAAACACAGAGAGUUUUCAGACAGCAGCAUUGGUAAUUUAUAUAGAGAGUCUGCAUGUCAAUCAUCAUCUGUUCCAACCACAUCAGAUGACUUUGUACCCUUGAUUUCCGAGCCUGCUGCACAGUCUAUUACAGAUGAAGAUAACAUGGAAAUGCCCCCUGAAUUCUGUGAUCUUUUUCUGAGAAACGUUUUACUAUUCUACUUAAAAUUGCAGGGUCAGUUUCUACUGCCUGCUUCAACCAUACAGAACAUUGUGGAGGAAAUGCAGAACAUACAUGAGUUGGGACAGACAUACAGUUUGGGUAAACUUGCAUCACUGUUAAAAGAUGACACAUCAUUAUCAGAGGAGGACAUCAACAAAGUCUGCGAGUCUGUCAAAAGCUAUGAUCUUUUUUCUGCAUGUCAUACCGGGCCAUUGAGGACAGUGCACUCCAGAGCUCAGACCUUUAAAAAAGCCUUCAACUAUGUGGAACCAAAGAAAAUAUUUUUAGGGAGAGAUGAAAACAGAAAAGAUAGGUUUGCCUAUUAUGUGCCUUUAAGAGAGACUUUGAGAUGUCUGCUAGAGUCUGAUCUGUGGCAGAAAUCAGAAGAGCCCUCUACUGAGCCUCCUGCUGAUGUUCUGUGUGACAUAAGUGAUAGUAAGCUGUUUAAAUCAAAUGAUUUUUUUGGUCAAAACCCAUCAUGUCUCAAGCUAGUACUCUACCAGGAUGCCUUUGAAGUUGUUAACCCUUUAGGCUCUGCAAGGACAAAACACAAGGUAUUAGCUGUAUAUGCAUCAGUGGCAAACUUGCCACUUCAUGUACGCUCAGACACAGAUCACAUGUCUCUUGUCUUACUGUGCAGGGAGAAAGAUUUUAAAGAGUUUGGUCAUGCUAAUGUGUUCUCUGAAUUACUGGCAGACUUGAAAGAAUUGGAGGACAGUGGGAUUGUUGCAUCAGAUGAAACUAGAGUCAAAGGAACUUUGUUUUGCAUUGCUGGUGAUAAUCUGGGCUCUCACUGUAUUGGUGGCUUCACUGAAAACUUUAGUUCUUCAAAGUACUUCUGCAGGUACUGCCUGAUAACGAAAUCUGAAUUUCAGGGUGCUGACCCAAAUCUGUGUGGACCAGAACGUACCAAAGAGAACUACAACUCUGCUGUUGAUCGCCUCCAGAUUGACAACACACCAGACGUCGAAGGAGUGAAGUUCAGACAUCUCGGAAAUGGGGGACAGCAUAAGAAGUUCCAUUACUAAGGUGCUGCCGGACCUGUCUGUCUCAAUCCUUGAAAUUGUACUGGAGGCACUACAAUCAUUAGGAGUGGAGACAUCUGAGGACUUGCAGUUCAUCAGUGAGACUGAUCUGAACUCUGUCCUGAGACCAGUUCAGGCAAGAAAACUGCUGGCUGCCUGGAAACAAACCACACCAAAUAUGGAAAUUUCAAGCCAGGCCAGCAUAUCGUCUCCAUCUUCUUGCUCCUCAUUUUCUGCCUCCCCCUCACCCAGUCCAAUAUAUUCUCUAGACUGGGUAGAUAACUUUAGAAUUCCAAGUGAAGAUUUUCCAGAAGACUUGAUCCAGUGUCUUCAGAGAGAGAAAAGACCAAAGCCUCGACUGCGGAGGGAGAUGAUCCGCAUCAUUGUGAAGGAGAUGAUGAAAGCCUGUGCCUCUCCAAGUAGAAGAGCCUCGACUGAAAUUGCAAAAAAACUGGUUGCGAUGUAUCCCAAGUCACUGCAGGAUGUCAUAGAGGGGGAUGUGGUAGGACAGGGGUACCACUCUUUGGUAAAACAGAUUCAGGCACGAAUUGAAAAUGUGAAGAGGUCUACUUUACCAGUGUUACAGAAGCGCAAACAGGGAGGAUCAGAUGACACCGAUGAAGUGACACCUGAAAAGCGAGCAUCUGUUCAAGACACAUAUGGCUGCAUAAAGUGGGACAUGAAGUUUUUGCCAGUCAGUGAGACACUGGAAACCCAGCAGGAGAAGAAGGAACGUAUGAAGAUUCUCAUUGAACAGACAAGCUUCAGUCAUGAAGAAGUAAAAACUAAUGAAAUGCACCUACUACUCUCAGCGCAAAGCAAUAAACAGCGGAGCAGACAUGCAAACCCUCAAAGAAGAGUGGCCUUUUUUGUUUCAGGCGAUUGGAAUGACAGUCCAUUUUGAAGAACUUACUGGGGUACCGCUGAAAGAGACUUUCCUCACCAGUCUGGAAAAGAAGGGAAAACGGCUUCUGGACUUUCUGAAAACCACUUGUGCAGACAAGAGCAAGCGUGUCUUGGAGGCUGUCAUAAAGCUUCGAAUGCAGAGGGGACAGCUGAAGGGCUGCUCAGAAGACGUGAAAGAUAUGAUGCUCCUCCUCCUCUCCUAUUUUGAUGAAAAAGAGGAGACCCUCUUCCACUAUGUUGAUGAAACAUGUCUGGCAAAAGAAGUCCAAGUGGAAAGCCUGCCUGUGACACCAUGUAUCAUUGUUUGUGGAUCCUCCUGCUUUGCAUCGAGACUGUUCAUGCUCAGCAUUGACCACAAAGUUGUAAAUGACCAAAUAACUGACUUCAUCUCUGCAAUCUGUCUGAUGCUUGGUAGCUACUACUGCCUGAACAUCCACUAUCCCCUGGAACUUGGCUCCACACUUGAAUUUCUUCAGAGGUGUUUCUUCAACAUUAACCCAGAGAAGGGAACAAAAGUUGAAAAAACUAAGAAGAAGACACUGCAUGUGAACCCAAGAGUACUUACCCUCAUCGCUGAUCUCUCUGAUCACGAGUGGCGAGAGACCGUUUAAAGACAUUUUGAACAGAUCGGUACAGUCAGUUUAACUGUACCUUGACUGGGAACUACUGUGUUGUUUAUGUUUUCAGUUAUCCCAGCUGAUAUUGAGUACUGUGCUCUUACCUGAUUUCUGUUAUCACAGGCAUGCUUUUCAGAGGUUUUGACCAUAUAUCUUUAAACAAUCCCUCUAACUAGGGAUUGUUACUGAGAACUGUACUUUUGAUGUUUCAGAGAUGUUCUAUAUUCUAUACAACAGAGUUUAAACUAUUUGAAUUUUGUAUUGCCCUAAUUAGCAAACAAGUUAAGUGUUGCACUGAACUGUUAACAUUGAACUUUAAACAGCACUGUCUGUUGCAAACAUUACUUGACUUUACUUGUUAUUAUAGCAUUUUGUAACUGUACGUUUCUGCAAAAGUGAUGUCGCAAGCUUAUGUGCUUGUUCAAAUUCAUGUUUUCCUGAAAAUGGUUAAUAUACAUUUGUUAGUUGACUAUAAGUGUAGACCUUAAGCAGUUUUGGCUUUCUUUUUUCAUAAUGCCAGGAGAAGCUUUAGAUGCUUGUUUUGCCUUUAUUUGUUUAAAGCAAUAUAUUUGACUAGCAGCAAGUGUGUGGAGGUCAAAAUAUGUUCAAGACAAUAAAAAUGUCAGUGAAGGACAUCUGAAAUUCUGUUGCAGUGGUUUUCUGAUGCAUGUGUUUUAAGGUUUAAGGGUGGUGGCACAGCUAAGACCCAAGAGUCUCUUUCAAGACACUGAAUUUGAGCAGAAACCAUAAGGAUACUCAAAGGACCUGUGACUCUCAGGAAAUGCAUCAAAUGAGAGGGACAGAUGAAACAGUUUCAAGACAAUGGCAGGAAAAACAUGCUGAAGAUUGAAACAAACCUUGGCUGGAAAUAUUUGAAGGUAUCUAGCCAGUCCACAAUGAAAGCUUCGGUGCACCCCAUGAGUCUUCUGGCAGAAAUGAUGGCGCCUGUAUUCUUUGGUUUCCCUAAACAUCACACCCUGCCUGUUUAUACGAGGCUCUUCAAUUAAGUCUGCACCCAAAGAUUCAAUAAGAGAGGGGAUCCUGCCAGUCCAAAGUGAACUCCUGAUGGACAUUGAAGUACUCCUGCAGAGCUUGUAUCUUCGACACCAUGCGCAUUAGAAACUCCACUGAGUCCUUUCCUUCACCAAGGCAGGACCCAGUGACUCAUUACUGUUGAUAGGUCAGGGGCAGGUAAUAUUUUGUUUCAUGUUUAUUCAUUCCUCCAUGGAUUACCAGCCAUAUAUAUGGACACAUGCUGUAUUCUCAAGAUCUAUGCUGUUUUGUAGGAAUAGAGAAAAUGAUAUGUUUAGUCUGUUUUCAAAUAGUAUGUCAAAUUUUCUCAUUGUUUAUCAGUAAUAUUCACUACCUUGGCUAUAUAUGAGCAUCUUUAGGUUUUUCUAUAUUUAGCGGUUGCAAAUGUAAAAUGUACGGUAAACCAUUUAUGUUCCUCAUAUUGUACUGUAUUUUUAGCGGUAAAAUACCGGCAGCUGUGGUUGCCAGGAAUUUACCGUAAAAUGUAUCUGGUCAAAAUAAAAUGCUGUAAUUUGUUA